AUGAAAUUUCCAAUUGAGACUCCAAGGAAACAGGUGAACUGGGACCCUAAAGUGUCUGUUCCGGCAGCUGUUCCUCCAGCUUGUGAGCCUGAGACCCAGAAGACCAACACACACCAACCAGCACCACGACGGUCCGUUUCCUCCCCUCGGACAACUGUGAUCGCAAGCAUGGAAACCCCCUCGCAGGGUUUGCAGACGGUCAUGAAGUGGAAAACUGUAGUGGCCAUCUUCUUUGUAGUGGUAGCCUACCUGGUCACUGGCGGGCUUGUGUUCCGUGCCCUGGAGCAGCCAGAAGAAAGCAGCCAGAAGAACAGAAUAGCCAAUGAUAAGGCAGAAUUCCUUCAGGAGAACAACUGUGUAUCCCAACAGGAGCUGGAGGCAUUGAUUAAGCGGGUCAUUAAUGCCACCAAUGCGGGAGUCAAUCCUGUAGGAGACUCUUCCAACAGCAGCAGCCACUGGGACCUUGGAAGUGCCUUUUUCUUCGCUGGAACUGUCAUCACUACUAUAGGGUAUGGAAACAUUGCCCCAAGCACAGAAGGUGGAAAAAUAUUCUGUAUUUUGUAUGCCAUCUUUGGGAUUCCACUGUUUGGCUUUCUGCUAGCUGGCAUAGGCGACCAGCUUGGGACCAUCUUUGGGAAGGGGAUCGCACGAGUGGAAAAGGUUUUUCGAAAGAAGCAAGUGAGUCAGACAAAGAUCCGGGUGAUCUCAACCAUUCUUUUUAUCCUGGCUGGCUGUGUCGUUUUUGUCACCAUUCCAGCAGUCAGUUUCAAAUAUAUUGAAGAAUGGUCCGCUCUGGACUCCUUUUACUUUGUAGUCGUCACCCUGACCACGGUUGGCUUUGGGGAUUUUGUGGCAGGUGGAAAUGCUGAGAUCCCUUACCGGGAGUGGUAUAAGCCCUUGGUAUGGUUCUGGAUCCUUGUGGGUCUUGCAUACUUUGCUGCGGUCCUCAGUAUGAUUGGAGAUUGGCUACGGGUUCUUUCAAAGAAGACAAAAGAGGAGGUUGGUGAAAUCAAAGCCCAUGCAGCUGAAUGGAAAGCCAAUGUGACUGCAGAGUUCAGGGAAACUCGGCGGCGGCUGAGCGUGGAAAUCCAUGACAAGCUCCAGAGAGCAGCCACCAUUCGGAGCAUGGAGCGCCGGCGUCUAGGGCUGGACCAGAGAGCUCACUCACUGGAUAUGCUCUCCCCAGAGAAACGCUGCGUCUUUGCUGCCUUGGACAGCAGCCACUUCAAGGCUUCAUCUCAGGAAAGCAUCAACAACAAACCUAACAACCUACGCCUUAAAGGGACCGAGCAGCUGAGCAAGCAUGGGCAGGGGGCAUCCGAGGACAACAUCAUCAACAAGUUUGGCUCUACAUCCAGGUUGACCAAGAGGAAAAACAAAGACCUGAAAAAGAGCAUCCCAGAAGAUGUGCGGAAAAUCUACGAGACCUUCCGGAACUAUUCCUUGGACGAAGAGAAGAAAGAGGAGGAUACUGAGAAGGUGUGUCCCUCAGAGCAUUCAAGUACUGCUGUUCUCACCGACUGUAUUGAGCAGCACAUGGACCUGGAGAACGGCAUGAUCCCCACCGAAACCAAAGAAAGGGAACAGGAAAGCAAAUCAUUACUUGAAGACAGGAAUUAA